AUAAUUAAUGAUUCCUAAAGUUAUAUUGCUAACUUAAAGGCUUUUUGAGAAUGUUGAUCAAUAAUAACCAAAAUUCCAAACUCCCCAAUGCGAUUAUCAACAUGAUAUCGAUGUAUCAUCUACUAAUUCAUGUUUAGUUAAUUGUCGAUCAAAUAAAAUAGGAAAUAGGAAAUGUCGAUCCCAAAAUCAUUAGAAACUACUCUCACAAAAUUAUGGAAGUAUUCAAUUACAAUAUCUUUAAGUUGCAGUCUAUUAGUAAUGCUCUGCAGGAUCUUAAGCUUUAAUUGGACAUCUUUUUCUAAAUUCCAUCAAUUCUAAAAAAAAAGUAAGCCCCCUUAAUUUAUCAAGAAAGCAAGCAGUAACUAUUUCUAACGAUUUUUAGUAAUAUCAAACGAAUCAAAUAACUGAUUCUAUAGUAAUUAAAUGAUUUAUCAGAACUCAACGAUGUUAAGGAUGUUGAGAACUAUACAGAAAAUGAAUUUGAAAAAAUCUACAUUUUCAGAUUAUCUCAGAUUUUAGAAAAUGAGAUAGAGAAUCUGCAAUAUUAGUUUCAAUAAUCAUAAAUUAAAAAUAAUGACCACUUUAAUCAAUUGAAUGAGAAAUUUUUAGGUAUUAUUAAUGAUUAAACAUUUAUUAAAAUAUCAUGCUAAAUUCAUAAAUACAUAAUCUUGUUGAACUUAAUUGACGAGUAUAGAGACAAUUUAUUUGAAAUCAUUAAAAGUAAAUCCCUCUCAACUGAAAGUAUGAUCUGCUAAUAAAGUAAAUAAAAAGCAAAAUCCCUUUAGUAUGAAUCAAUGGCCUCCUUGGAUUUGAUUGAUGAUCAAAAUAAAAUUAAUAAAAGAUAACAUCCCUUAUUCAAAUAAGAGGAAAUUAAAAAUAAUAGAUAUGAGAACUAACCUGAGGCAUGUGUGAAAUGCCAAAUUUUUUGA